AUGGCCUUGCCGUCCGUUCCUGCGAGGGUCAGAGUGGUGAACACCUUCAUUGAAGUGGACUCCGACGAGGAGGAUGCAGCGAACGUCUCGCCCAUCAAGACGGAGCCGGUGAAAUCCUUCGCAGGUAGUUCCGCUGGCCAGCCCGCUGCAGAGAACGCGAAAGACGCACCAAUCCGGCCGGUCACGCCCAAGAUGGACGCCAGAGAAGUGCCGUGCCUUUUGAGGCAAUCACUUUGUUCUGACUAUGGAGUGAAAGUCACCGUCAAGAACACCUUCAUAGAUGUGGCCUCCGAUGAAGAAGGAGAGGAUGGCGAUGAGAAAAUCACCUUUGCCAAGAUCAAGACGGUGGCCAAGGCCACCGCGCUGCGUCGCACCGCCGCCCGGCCCUCGCGACGAAGCACGCGGUGCGACGCGAGGAAGAGGAAGAAGAGCACGACGAGCUCAGCUCGCGAAAAGUCGCCGACGACGGUGUGGCGGCCUCGCUCGGUGUGGCCGGGGUGCCGAGGGGGUGCUCCUGGUGACCUGUCCGGGGAAAGCAUCCACGACAUGAAACUCCUGGUGGUCCUGGUCUUGGGUCGCCUACAGUAA